AAUUUGACAUUUCAAUCUCACAUAUCCAAAAUGGUUGAAAGUAAUUUGUACAAUGAAAAGUAUUAAAAUUUUGUGGAAACGAAAAAUACGGAACUCUUAGUGAACAAUUGCAUAGAGUGUUUAGAAUUGUGAAGAAAAUAUUUUACGUUUUGUACGGUGUAUAUUGUCGAAAUUGACGUCUUUUUGAAUGGAGGGCCAUCGAGGCCUGUAAACGUAUUAUGAUUAAGACAUUUCAUUCACUUAUGAGGUGCUCCUCCUCAAAUCCGAUUGAUUUAAGCCCACCUGAUGACGACAGUCCGUGUUCAGGCCGGGGUGACUGUUUAAAUGGAACGUGUCUGUGCGAAAUACGCUACAGCGGUGACGAAUGUACGGGAUUUAAUCUUCCUUAUCAUGCUGGCAUUUCAUCGGUGUUUUAUUUUGUGGCCAUUGUGUCGCUGAUUCAGUUAUUAAUUUGCAUAGUAUCUGAAUAUCAGCGACUGAAACAACCCUCGUUCCUGAGAGCCUGUCGUCUAACAACGCAAAAGUUGUUGUACUUUGUGGUUUUCAUAGCGGCUUUACUGCGAGGCGCCUAUUUUACGACACCGGAAGUACUGCAACCAGUAUGGGCGUCAAAUUUAAUGUCAGCUUAUUACCCGUUGCUGAUGACGUGUGCAUCGCUGGUGGUUUGUUUAUGGGCUGAGAUAUUCCACCUACGAAACAUUCGUGCAUCACAAUUUCUAUCGAAAAGUUUUCUCGGCUUUUUGGCAUUCAAUUUACUUCCAUACAGCCUGUUUGGCGCUGAAGUAUUGGCCAGCCAAUUGGUACCGAAUCGGAACACCUAUUCGCACAUAUUUAACGGAUGCUAUGCAGCCCUGUUGCUCAUCGUGGUCGUUUUCUUUCUGAUAUACGGCGUCGAAGUAUUCUUUAAGAUACGCGGCGAAUUCAUUAACGAUUGCGGUGCCAGCAAUGCCAACGACAAUAUCAAUUCGGUGCAAGUACAUCAUGCCCGCUUCGGAUUGCUGAGCCAGGCGAUUAUGAUGAUCGUUAUUGUGGGUUUCUUGGCGUCGGAAACACUCGGCGAUUUUUGGAAGAAGAAGGUGCCAGUCUAUUCGCGAAAUUGGCACGACAUUGUUUUUCGCCUGGUCGAAGUCGGUGUCGCUCUAUGGUUUCCAUGUUGCUUAUGGAAUUCAAUGGCGCCGGAACAACUUUGGAUUUUGAAUCCAAGAAAGUUGUUACGAAGGCAGAUCGAUCCAGUGCCAAGUACUUCAUCUGACAAGCCGCAAACGUCACCCGAGGAGGGUCAAUCAUUUCUGGCUGGCAAAGACUGUUGGAUUUGUUAUGAUACAGAGAAGGCGGAACCGUUAAUCCAACCGUGUAAGUGUACCGGUGACGUAUCAAGUGUACAUCACGAAUGUCUUCGACGAUGGCUUGUGGAAAGUUGUAGUAAAUCGGACGAAUUGUUGAAAUGCAAAGUGUGCGGAUCGCCAUACGAAGUGGAACGGACAAACAAGCUCUACUGGGAAAAAGGUUUUACCAUCAAUCACUGGGCGAAGACCAUCAUUUUAGUCACAUUGAUGUGCGUGACGGGCGCCUGCGCCUGGGUCAUCAUACAGGUGUACGUCGAUCCGAUCAUCCGCGUUAUGACGGCUGGCAUUGCAAUACUCAUCGGAUAUGUGUGCGUGAAAUUGUUGGGUGAGAACACGGUAACUGCAUAUCAGCGGGCCAAAGUGAGCUCGAUCAAUAUAAUAACUGGUGAUUCCACAUCCGAGAAAUUGAACACAAUUUGCCAAGAUGUUCAAUGUAAAUAGUGUGAACCGGACGAUUGUGCGGUGGUUUUGGUUUACUUUUUUUUUCGGCCGGUGGUGUCACCGCAGGAUUUUUUGUUUCGACUUUUUAGGUUUUUAUUUCGGAAAGAAAAUUUUUGUUUAAAAGGAUCGACGACCCAUUUUCAACUAACCGGAUAGAAAGUAAAAUGAAAAAAAAAUUGAGUGGAAAAUCAGAAGAAAAUUUUGUUUUUUGUAGUUUACAAAUUUGGAGUGUUUGUCUCUUAUAAGUUGUUUCUGUUCUUGUUUUGUGUUCAGUGUGUAAGUUUUGAUAGAAAAAAAAUUAAAUUUA